AUCAAUCUAUGGAAUUACAAGUCCUAAUCAGUAAUUAUUUUAUACUGGUCCCAUCAAGAAUUGGCUGGAGUGCACGGAAGACAUGUCCAAGAUGUUAAGACUAUCGGCAGCGUUUUUCUGUUGUGUCCUCACACACUUAGGUGAGUUAGCCGUACUAUUUCCUAAAGAAACAUAGCAAACAAGAUGUUGAACUGUGACAACGAUAACAAGAAAAUAAGAAGAGUUGAAUUUGGACUGACGCAAGAUGAUAUUUACUAUUUGGAUUGGAACAAGAUGAUAUUUACUAUUAACAAAAUUCGGACUAAAAUACUUCCACAGAAGUUUGAUGAUUCCCCCCCCCCUUCCAACUCCCCCACAUAUUUACUUAUACAUUAAAGUUAUUUGGAAACCCUUGGACCGAUAACUGCCCGCGUACCGUUGAAUGAACGCUCAGAGUUUCAAUAUGAAUCAAAUGACUGUUUUAUGGAUAAGGUUAUUUCAUUGUUUCAACUCCUGGGGCCAGCUCCAUCCAUGUUCUCGCACAUCGACAAAGUGCGGGUUAGCCGAAAAGGGAGUUUACUUUCUUUACUCCAUAGCCAAUGAAAUCGGAUGGCAGAUUCUGCAGCGUCACUUCCUGUUUGUUCUCAGGAUAUACAUUUAUGAUUAUAUCUUUUUAUUGAUAAUAAAUAUCAUCAAAUGCAUUUACGUAUUUGGUAUUUUAUAUGUAUUGCUAUUUGACUUAAAACAUGAAUAUACAUAUAUAUAAUUUCUAAAAAUUAUGUCAUCAUCAUCAUAUCCCUAAGUCCUUGGACCGUUGGGGCGCCACAGGUGACAUGAAAACUACCCUUCUCCAUUCCUCUCUGUUUUCUGCACUUCGCACAGCACCACCUAGAUUUAGUCCCGUCCAUUCUUUGAUAUUAUCUUCCCAGUUUUUUCUCAAACGUUUCUAAAAUGAUUCCUUUAAAAUGGCAUAUCAAAGCAUCGUGACUAAUGGCCAUAUCAAUUCUUCAGCCUUUUCUCAGACGAUCGAUAACUGCCCGGCCAAUGUGCCAAGGGACAGAUUCCUUCAAGUCCACGGGGACUCCUGCUACCAGUUCGUGACCAACCGCCACAUCACCCACAACGCCGCCAAAUCGGACUGCGGCAGACGGGGAGGAACUCUAGCGUUGGUCAAAACUCCGGACAUCCAGGCGUACCUCGUCCACGAGCUGACCCACACUUACAACUACCACACCUCCAAGUUCUGGAUCGGCCUCAACGACAUCGACAAAGAGAACGUCUACAAGUGGGAGGACGGGAGCCCGUUGAGCUACACUGCGUGGGCUCAGGGUGAAGGUCCGGGCGCGACCUCCGCGUAUCACCAGGAGAACCAUAACGAGAACGACUGCGUGACCAUUGACCUGGAAUAUGGCGGGAAAUGGCUCGAGUACCCCUGUGAAGAGACCACGUUCUUCUUCUUCUUCAGCGAAAGCGAGGAGCACUACUACAUCUGCCAGUACAAGCUCUCCGCAGGUGCCACGACCGUCUUCACCACUUCGCCGCCGGUGACAGCAACGACCGCGGCUCCGGGGACAGACUCGACGGUGGUGUCCGAGACGGCUCCCUUGGCGAUCACGGCUGCCCCGGAGACCACAGUGACCUCCAUCUCAAACGCCUGCCCGGCAUUCACGUGUGACCUGGACUGUGGGAUGGAUGGGUUCAAGAAGGACGCUGAGACCGGAUGUUCUCAGUGCGCAUGCGAUGUUUAACUGAUUGUCAACAAAUAAAUCGUUUUGGAAGUAGAA